AUGACCGCGACCGCAGCCCUCCUGCCCGUCCUCUUGCUCCUGCUGGUCUUCGGCCACAGUGCCCGUGGAGCUGAAUGCUUCCCGGCCUGCCACCCCCAAAAUGGAUUCUGCGAGGAUGACAAUGUCUGCAGGUGCCAGCCUGGCUGGCAGGGUCCCCUGUGUGACCAGUGCGUGCCCCUGCCCGGCUGUGUCAAUGGACUGUGCGUGGAACCCUGGCAGUGCAUUUGCAAUGACGGCUGGGAUGGGACCCUCUGCGACACAGAAAUCCAGGCUUGCACCUCGAACCCCUGUGCCAACAACGGAACCUGCGUGAACCUGGACACUGGCCACUACGCGUGCUCCUGCGCCCCUGGGUUCUCAGGGAAGGACUGUCAGAAAAAGGAUGGGCCCUGCGUGAUCAACGGCUCCCCCUGCCAGCACGGUGGCACUUGUGUGGACGAUGACGGCUGGGCCUCCCAUGCCUCCUGCCUGUGCCCCCCUGGCUUCUCGGGCAAUUUCUGCGAGAUCGUGGCCAACAGUUGCACCCCCAACCCAUGCGAGAACCAAGGCAUCUGCACCGACAUCGGGGGCGACUUCCGCUGCCGCUGCCCCGCUGGCUUCGUGGACAAGACCUGCAGCCGCCCAGUGACCAACUGCGCCUCCGACCCGUGCCUGAACGGGGCCACCUGCCUGCAGCACUCCCAGGUGAGGUUUGAGUGUCUGUGCCAGCCCGAGUUCACAGGCCCCAUCUGUGGCAAGAAGCGCGCGGCCGGCUCCCAGCAGGUCACCCGUCUGCCCAGCGGGUCCGGGCUGACCUACCGCCUGACCCCCGGGGUGCACGAGCUGCCGGUGGCGCAGCCCGAGCACCGCAUCCUAAAGGUGUCCAUGAGGGAGCUCAACAAGAGCACCCCGCUCCUCUCCGAGGGCCAGGCCAUCUGCUUCACCAUCCUGGGCGUGCUGACCAGUCUGGUCGUGCUGGGCACCAUGGGCAUCGUCUUCCUCAACAAGUGCGAGGCCUGGGUGUCCAACCUGCGCUACAACCACAUGCUGCACAAGAAGAAGAAGCUGCUGCUCCAGUACAGCAGCGGGGAGGACCUGGCCGUCAACAUCAUCUUCCCCGACAAGAUCGACAUGACCACCUUCAAGGAGGCCAGCGACGAGGAGAUCUAA